AUGGCCGGCCGUCGAAUGUGGUGCGCUUGGACCGCGGCCGUUUGGGCCAUGAGCAUUUGGACGCGACCGCCACGUGUCCGGCCAUUGGCUGAGUCGGUCUUCGUGAACUGGAGCAUCGAGCAGAGGAGGAGUCCUAGGGCUUGCCAUGCCCCUUUUCCAUCGGGUCGCUGCUUCUCCAUGCGCCUCGCGGCCAACGGCGAAGAGAAGGAGGUCCAGCCUCGCAGAGAAUUUGGUCUUCAGGUGGCCCAAGAUGUAGCAGUUUGGAUGCUCUUGGCCUUUGCCACGGCCAACACGCCCCUCGGGCCGUACCUCAUCUACGCAGGCGCUCUGGCGGUGGGCUUUGCGGUUUGCUACCAGAUCUAUUUGCGAACGCGCUCGCAGUGA